AUGCCGUCCAGCGCUGGACCCAAUAUCCUCGCCGAAGCGCUGGAAAACUCUUCCCGGCUGAUUGACAGACAUCUUCAAGAUGACCGCUGCUUUCCUGACCUGUCGGAGCUGCUCAGCGUCCCAUCUCACAAUAUGCCGUCCCUCUCUGGAGUGUCGGACAUGGACUACCCCCUCCAGGGACCAGGUUUACUUAGUGUGCCAAAUCUCCCAGAGCUCAGUGCAGUCCGCCGAAUCCCUCUGCCACCUGAGCUGGUGGAGCAGUUCAGCCAUAUGCAAUGUAAUUGCAUGAUGGGAGUUUUUCCAGAGAUCUCUCGAGCAUGGCUUACUAUUGACAAUGACAUAUUUAUGUGGAAUUAUGAAGAUGGAGGUGAUGUGGCAUAUUUUGAUGGCCUUAUUGAAACCAUUCUGGCAGUGGGCCUUGUAAAACCAAAACAAGGAAUAUUACAGCCACACAUUCACUACCUCUUAGUAUUGGCCACUUCUGUGGAUGUAGUAAUCCUCGGGCUGAGCUUCCCCAAGAGCCAGGCUGGGUUGAAUGACAGCAUGUCUGGUGGGAUGCAGCUGCUACCAGACCCCCUCUUCUCAAUCCCCACAGACAACACCUACAUUCUAUCCAUCACCUCCACAGACCUGGGACGCAUCUUCAUGGCAGGAAAGGACGGCUGCCUCUAUGAGAUAGCUUACCAGGCUGAGGCUGGAUGGCUGAGCCAGCGCUGCAGAAAAAUCAACCACUCUAAAAGCUCUCUGUCCUUCCUCGUCCCCUCCAUGCUCCAGUUCUCCUUCUCUGAAGACGACCCCAUUGUGCAGAUUGCUAUUGACAACUCCCGCAACACACUAUUCACACGCUCUGAGAAAGGUGUCCUGCAGGUGUACGAUUUGGGGGCUGAUGGGCAGGGUAUGAGUCGGGUGGCAACCAUGUCACAGAACUCCAUUGUUGCAGCUGCUGGAAACAUAGCCAGGACAAUUGAUCGUUCUGUCUUCAAACCUAUUGUCCAGAUCUCUGUGAUUGAUAGAUCAGAGUCCUCAGAUUGUCACCUGCUCGCCGUCACUCAUGCAGGUGUGCGUCUCUACUUCAGCACCACACCUUUUACCCUUCCACACCAGAGGCAUAUGGCAGUUCGACCUAGCCUGCUAGCUUUGGUCCAUGUACGUCUGCCACCAGGGUUUUCUGCAUCCUCUACCCUGCAGAAACCUGCAAAGGUCCAUAAGGCACUACACAGCAAAGGUGUUCUGUUAAUGGCUGCUUCUGAGACAGAGGACAGUGACAUUCUGUGGUGCCUCAACCAUGACUCCUUUCCCUUCAAGAAGCCCUUGAUGGAGACUCAGAUGAUGUCUAAUGUAGAUGGACACUCUUGGGCUCUUUGUGCUAUUAAUGAGGAGAGACCAUCCAAGAUAUUUACUCCUCUGAACAAGGAACAGAUCCCCAUCACUGAAUCACCUGUGGUUGUCCAGCAGCACAAUAUCCCUCCGCAGAAGUUUGUCCUUCUCUCUGCAAAGGGCAGUCAUAUCUUCCAAAAACUGCGGCCAGUAGACCAGCUCCGUCACCUGCUGGUCAGCUGCGCAGGAGGGGAAAGUGAAGAGGUUGAGCGUUUCUUCAAGCUGCACAGGGAGGAGCAGGCUUGUGCCACAGCACUGAUCCUGGCAUGUUCCAGCGCUGCUUGUGACAGAGAGGUUUCACAGUGGGCGACCAGAGCCUUCUUCAGAUAUGGAGGAGAAGCACAGAUGAGAUUCCCUGCAGCCAUGACAUCUCCCAGUACUGUUGGACCCGUGAUGAGCUCUCCAGCACCAGGCAUCAUGCCCCCAGCUUUGGCCACACCUUUCACACCAAUGCAUUCUGGGUCUGCCCCCAUCACACCCAUGUCCGCUGGCCCAGAGGUGAUUUUCUCAGGGAAACACAAUGGCAUCUGUGUCUACUUUGCUCGCAUUCUUGGGAAUAUUUGGGAUGGCAGUCUUGCUGUUGAGAAAACCAUCAGUAAAGGAAAUCAAACUGUCAAUAUAUUGGAAAGCAGCGUUGGUUCGAUUGAUCUGGAGUCAGUACUUAUGGAGCUCUGCGGUCUGCGGGAGUUUCUUGAUAAAAACUCUCAAUUCAGUCCAUCUGCUCUUGGUGCUGCAAGUUUCAGCUCCCCUGCCAACCUGCAGCAAAGGCUGCUGGGAUUUAUGCGUCCUGAAGGAGCCACCUCUCAGCAGGUCCAGCAGGAGCUCCAGAGGAAAUAUCACACCAAGGCUCAGGUCUAUGAGAAAGUAUCGCUGCAGGGUAUCCAGCAGUUAGUGCAUCGCUCCUAUCAGACCCUGGCUCUUUUGAAGCUUCUCUGUGAUCAUCAGUUCAGCCUCAUUAUGUCUGAGCUGCCAAAGGAGUUUCAAGAGCAGAUGAAGGGAGCAAGUUUUAAGGAUGUAGUGAUUCGGGGCAAGGAGCUGUCUGGAGCGCUCAUCACAGCACUCAUUAAUGUCUACAUCAAAGAUAAUGCCUCUGUGGAGGCCAUCAGCAAUCACCUCCGGGACAUCUGUCCCCUGCUGUAUAGCAGCGAUGACAGCGUUUGCUCCAAGGCUAAUGAGUUGCUGCAGGGCUCUAAGCAGAUUCAGAAUAAAGCAGAUAAAGAGCGAACACUCAGGGAGUCUCUACGGCUCUAUCAGCAGAUCAGUCAACACACAGAUCUGCCGCUGGUCUGCUCCCAGUACAGACAAGUGCGUUUCUACGAGGGAGUCCUUGAGUUGUGCCUCACAGCAGCGGACAAGAAGGAUCCACAGAGACUGGGGCCCCACUUCUACAAGAACGGAGAGCCCGAGGAGGAUGGAGUGGGACAGCAGGCCUUCCAGGAAAGACUUUCGUGUUAUAAGUGCAUCACAGACACCAUGCAGGAGCUGGUGAACCAGAGCAAAGCCGCCCCUCAGUCUCCCAGCGUCCCUAAGCAGCCUGGGCCUCCUGUAAUGACCUCUGACCCUAACAUGCUCAGUAACGAAGAAGCUACAGCUCAUUUUGAACAGAUCCUCGGGCUGGCCCAGAGGUCUCAGGACGAGCUGUUUCACAUUGCUCUGUACAACUGGCUGAUUCAGGCCGACCUGACUGACAAGCUGCUAGAGGUGAAUUCUCCGUACCUGGAAGAACAUCUGAUGCAUAUGAUAAAGCAGGAUCAGAGUAAGGUGCACAACAUGGACCUGUUGUGGCGCUACUAUGAGAAGAACCGUAACUUUGGCAAGGCAGCUCAUGUACUGGCCCGUCUCGCAGACAUGCACAGCACUGAGAUCUCAUUGAAGCAGCGUUUGGAGUACAUUGCCCGAGCCAUCCUGUCUGCUAAGAGUUCCUCCUGUAUCUCAGCUCAGGCAUCUGAUGGAGAGUUCCUUCACGAGCUGGAAGAAAAGAUGGAGCUGGUGCGUAUUCAAGUACAGAUCCAGGAUACCCUGAUCAGACAGUACUCCCAUCAUCCCUCAGUGAAAAAUGUCAUCUCUCAGUUGGACUCGGAGCUUAUGGACAUCACCAAGCUCUAUGGGGAGUUUGCUGACCAUUUCAAGUUGUCUGAGUGCAAGCUGGCCAUCAUUCACUGUGCAGGACACUCUGACCCAAUCCUGGUGCACUCCCUGUGGCAGGAGAUCAUGGAGAAAGAACUUGGAGACACCGUGGCUAUGAGUCCAGCAGACAGGAUGAGGUCUCUCAGUUUGAAACUGGUAUCACUGGGAAGGAUUUACGCCGGAACACCAAGAUAUUUCCCUCUGGAGUUCCUAGUAAAGUUUCUAGAGCAGGAGGUGUGUCGACUGAACUGGGACGUGGGCUUCGUCACCUGCACCAUGCAGGAGAUUGGAGUACAGUUGCCGCGUCUUCUGGAGGUCUAUGACCAACUCUUCAAAACUCGGGAUCCCUGUUGGCAGCGGCUGAAGAAACCUCUCCACCUGGUGGAGUGUAUCCACGUGCUCCUGUCAGGAUACGUGGAUGAUCCCAGCAGAGUGCCAACCUAUGACAGACGCAGAUUCACUAAUGUGUGUCUCGACGACAUCUGUGGAUACCUCGUGGAGCUGCAGUCUCUGAGCCCAAACUCAGCCCUUCAACAAACCAUCGGCAACUUCAAGUCACUGCAGGCGAAGCUGGAGAAUCUCCACUGACGCUGGUAAUGACGUUGUUCACAGGACAAGGGACCGGUGACCUCUGGAUCUUGCACUGUUGGCCUUAAUUAAACAGUUGAUUUAAAGUGUGAUUACCUGAUCAGCGCACGUUUGUAGUCCACUGUAGUUUGCCUCUUGUCCUCUUCAGUCUGAUGUGUUGCAGCUUAGCAAGUGCGUGUUGUUAAGGGACAGAGGGAGCAGAUGACUGUAAAGUCUUCUGAUAAAGAUGAGGUAGACUGAAGAGACACGUUUUAUAACUUAUUUAAUACAUUUUGUUAUAGGUCCAAACAAUGCUGAAAUACAACUUUGGAAGCAAGACACUAUUUGUCAUUUGCAUUGUGUGCAAAUAGCUGUGUCUUAAAGAUAUCUUAAAAAAAAGACAAGAUAUUGGAGUUAUCAGUUUAUAAAAACAUGAAAUCAGGUGAGUUUUCAUAUAUGAAAAUGCACUUAUCGACGAUUGAUUUGGGAUAUUUUCAUAUGAAUCUACUUGGUGAAUAUACUGGACUAAAGCCUUUUGAUCACAGGAUUAAUUUUGAUUGUUCUACGUUUGCCUCCAAACUAACAGUUAAGAGUUGGAUGUUGUAAUUAUGUACAUAAUAACUUGGCCAUAAUGUUGUCUCUUCUGCCAAAGUUCAUGCACACACUUAAACCUUUUUUCCCAUAUGUAUUAUUUACAGUGAGCAUUUUAUCUUCUUGGUUGAUACAUUUAACAGUGCUUUUGUAAUUGUUUUGAAUGUGAAACACAUUUUUAACGCAGUUCACAGUACUACACUCAAAACUUUGAGAAAAAAACAUAAACAUUUUUUAUAAAGAAAUAAAUCUUGUCAUUGCUUU